UGGGAGAGUCUGUGAGUAGGUUGUGCGCUACCCACGUUCGCCUGUAGACAUCUCAUUCAUCACUCAUCACUUCAAUAUUUCCGUUCACUUUUUAUAGUGUCGACUAGAGUGCCACGCCGUCAUCACCUUGGGCGACAGCGUCAACUGUUUGGCGAGAGAGUCGCGACAUCUAGCAGCUUCAAGCACCAACUUCUGGCCCGUUCUCGUCCCUAGAUGGGCAACUCGCUGAGGAGUCUUCGCAAGGUGCUGGGACGCCUGGCAAAGGGCAAGCCGUCUCGUAUCGUGAUGGUGGGACUCGAUUCAGCGGGCAAGACGACCAUUCUGCUUCGUCUCAAGUUUGAUGAGACAAUCAGCACAAUACCGACAAUCGGAUUCAACGUCGAGACUAUAACAGUUGCUGGAGUAACGUUCAACGUGUGGGACGUGGGUGGUCAAGACAAACUUCGCCCUCUCUGGAGGCACUACAUGAGGUCAACGGACGGUCUCAUUUUUGUCGUUGACAGUGCCGACAAACAGCGUCUAGAUGAGGCGAAAAUCGAGCUAAUGGGUCUAGUUCAAUGCGAAGACAUGAAAAGCGUUCCUAUCCUCAUCAUGGCCAAUAAGCAGGACCUGCGUGAGGCGGUCAGACCCGAAGAGCUCGUUGACUGUUUGGCUCUCAACGAGUUGACCCCUACCAAUGAGUGGUUCCUACAGACAGCGUGUGCUCUCACUGGUGAUGGACUCAUUCAUGGGAUAGAAGUGAUGGCCGACAUGAUAGAAGAAUGCAGACAGAGCAAGAAGAAGAAAAGGAAAGCAUAAUUCAGAAGGCCUAAUUUUUCCAAAUUUGAUUUCCUCUUGUUAAUAUGAAACAACCAGAUCAGGCUGGCUGAUUUGAAUUAUGGAAUGACGCUGUCUACCAGUAGUGUGUUUGUGUUCUAAAGUUAAGUUUAGUGCUGUCCAUUUGCCCUAGAGAAGAGAUGGGCCUAUUUUCAGGUGUGUUUGGAUAGUAAUAAUAAAUUCAGAAUAACUAAAAAUACGAAUAAAAUCACAGAGUCUGUACC